GGCAGUGGCCGUAGUUCUUCUCCAUCUUUGUGUACACGGUAAAGGGGAAGGCAGUUUAUUCAUAGCUGGACGGGGUUUUGACGGUAAAAUCCAGGGAACUCUUUCAGGUGUGGCGCCAUGUCGGACAAAAGCGAGCUGAAGGCCGAGCUGGAGCGGAAGAAGCAGCGCCUGGCUCAGAUCAGGGAGGAGAAGAAGAGGAAAGAGGAGGAGCGCAAGAAGAAAGAGGCCGAUCAGAAGAAGGAUGCAGCUCCUCCCCCCGAUGACUCUGACCUGGAGAAGAAACGGCGAGAGGCUGAAGCGCUGCUGCAGAGCAUGGGCAUCACUCCCGAUGUGCCAGUUGCGCAGCCACUCCGAGUAGUAACAGCGGAUACCUGUCUGUUUCACUAUUUAGUCCCUCCACCUAUGUCUCCAUCCUCCAAGUCUGUGAGCACGCCCAGCGAGACUGGAAGCCAAGACUCAGGCGAUGGCGCCGUUGGAGCUAGGACGCUGCACUGGGACACUGAUCCAUCAGUUCUGCAGCUUCACUCUGAUUCUGAUCUGGGGCGAGGUCCCCUUAAGCUGGGAAUGGCUAAAGUCACUCAUGUGGACUUUCCGCCACGUGAAAUUGUGUCCUACACCAAAGAAACUCAAACACCCGUCAUGACGGAGCAGAAGGAAGAAGAAGAUGAAGAGGAGGAGAUCGCCCCUCCCAAACCAGUGGUGGCACUCCAGGAGGAGAAACCUCAGCAGAAUGAGGAAGAGGAAGCUCCCCCCCACGAGCUGACCGAGGAGGAGAAGCUGCAGAUCCUGCACUCUGAGGAGUUCCUGUCCUUCUUCGAUCACAGCACCCGCAUCCUGGAGCGCGCCCUGUCCGAGCGGGUGGACGUCUUCUUCGACUACAGCGGCCGGGACCUGGAGGAGAAGGAGGGAGAGAUCCAAGCCGGGACUAAGCUGUCUUUGAACAGGCAGUUCAUGGAUGAGCGUUGGUCCAAACACCGUGUUGUCACCUGCCUUGAUUGGUCUCCUCAGUAUCCUGAGCUGCUUGUUGCCUCAUACAACAACAACGAGGAUGCCCCCCAUGAGCCAGAUGGUGUGGCCCUUGUGUGGAACAUGAAGUACAAGAAAACCACACCAGAGUAUGUCUUUCAUUGCCAGUCAGCCGUGAUGUCCGCCGCCUUUGCAAAAUUUCACCCCAACCUGGUGGUGGGAGGCACUUACUCUGGGCAGAUCGUGCUGUGGGAUAACCGCAGCAGCAAGAGGACCCCCGUGCAGAGGACUCCGCUGUCGGCAGCAGCACACACGCACCCAGUGUACUGUGUGAAUGUGGUAGGCACGCAAAAUGCCCACAACCUUAUCAGCAUCUCCACUGAUGGGAAGAUGUGCUCCUGGAGUCUGGACAUGCUGUCCCAGCCACAGGACAGCAUGGAGCUCGUUCACAAGCAGUCCAAGGCUGUGGCUGUCACCAGCAUGUCUUUCCCACUUGGAGACGUCAAUAACUUUGUGGUAGGAAGUGAGGAGGGCUCCGUUUACACAGCCUGCCGUCAUGGAAGCAAAGCGGGCAUCAGUGAGAUGUUCGAAGGCCACCAAGGACCUAUCACAGGUAUCCACUGUCACACUGCAGCAGGACCCAUUGAUUUCUCCCACUUGUUUGUCACCUCAUCUUUUGACUGGACAGUGAAACUGUGGACCACUAAGAACAACAAGCCAUUGUACUCGUUCGAGGACAACUCGGACUACGUGUAUGAUGUCAUGUGGUCCCCCACCCACCCGGCCCUGUUUGCCUGUGUGGACGGUGUGGGCCGACUCGACCUGUGGAACCUCAACAACGACACCGAGGUUCCUACAGCGAGUGUAAUGGUGGAAGGAAACCCUGCUUUGAACCGUGUCAGAUGGGCCCACUCAGGAAGAGAGAUUGCUGUUGGAGAUUCAGAUGGGCAGAUACUUAUUUAUGAUGUUGGAGAGCAAAUUGCCGUUCCACGCAAUGACGAAUGGACCCGUUUUGCCCGCACUCUGGCAGAAAUUAAUGCCAACAGAGCUGACGCUGAAGAGGAAGCUGCUGCACGUUUAUCAGCCUGAUUACUGGAGAACCGCCAUGAGAGAGUAGGGACCAGUAGCUGGCCUUUGUAAACGGAAACACAGAUCGUACUGCUGGGUUACUAGGCAUGAUUUCAAACUAUCCAGGCAUGUGUGGACGCCAAUUUUUUUGAAACAGUACAGCAAACUGUUCGGUCAUCUUUUCUAAUAAAUCAAACAUAGAUAACCUGUAUACUUAGAUACUUCUGCCUUUUACUAUUUUUCUGCUGGUUAUUUAUAAUUCUAGCUGAACUGAUUUUGUGCAAGUUUUAACCAAGCACAGUCGGAGUAGGGCUAUUGAAAUGCACAAAGGUUACCUUUUUUCAAAGUGGUUUUGCAGCAGUGCUGCCGAAAAAAAGCAGCUAUACAUUACCACUCGAAAAACCAAAAGCCUUAAAUUCAACAUCCAUUGUGCUGACUAGAAGAAAUUAGACUUAUCAUGGCUUUUUGGGUUCAGUUGCUUACUAUGUAACACUGCUGCUGCACACUCUACUUAUGUUUAGCAUUCCUUGUUUGGUGGUAGCUUUAAUUAUACCCAGGCCCAUAAUUGCUGUCAUGAUUGAUGUGUUCACUACCUUUGCUGCUAAGUCCCUAUGAAAAUAUAGUAAUUUAAUAAUUUCUUCAUUAUAAGCAUAAUUGUAGUAUUCUCUUGUCAACUAACCUAAACUGUUAACCUCCUUUAAGUACACCAUAGUAAUAGUAGAAGCCUGUUUUAUUAAGCUAUAAAAGCAAGAUUCCCAAACCCUGUAUUUCCCACUGUUCAAAAGCUCCCUCCGCAUUAUUUAAUUCCCUCGUUGCAAAACUGAUGGGCAGGAUCUAAGGUCUUUUGCCCCAACGGAUGUCGAAUUUGUUACAUUGUUUUCUAAGACCGUGCAAAGCAUUUCUAGGAACUUAAAAAAAAAACAGCAGUGCUUUAAGACACCCCAUAACACAGAUCUGGAAGGAAAAGGCAUGAUAUUUGAUCUGGAAUUAACCUUUUAUGUGUGUACAACAAUCCCAUCCUAACACCGACCUGUUACAAUUGUGUCCAAUGUUCAUUUCCAUACUGAACGCUGUAUGUUUCCACACCGCUAAAAAUUAAACCAUAUUGAUACUUUAUUGCAAUAAAACAAGAAAAUGAUUAAUUUAAAUUA